CAUUUAACAGACGCUGGAUUGGAGGAAAUCAAUAAUAGCAAGGCCGUAAAAGCAAUGCGUGAUAGAGAAAAGCAUAAGGAAGCAGAAGAAGCGGGACGAUUAGAAAAGGAAGACAAAGUGAAUUCACAGAUUACUAUUUGGAAAGCAGGCAAAGAAAAGAAUCUACGAGCAUUGUUAAGUUCUUUGGAUAUGAUUCUAUGGUCAGAUGUACAAUGGAAAAAUGUAACUAUGUUAGAUUUAAUUGAAGCUAGAAAAUGUAAAAUAACGUAUAUGAAAGCUAUUGCUCAAGUACACCCUGAUAAGCUUCCUGCUACUGCAACUGUUGACAGCGUUGUUAGCAAGCGGCAUCUUCACGACUUUAACCAAGCCUGGGAUACAUUCAGAGCAGAAAACAGCUUAUAAUUUCCUUUUUGAUAACAAAAAUGGUCCACAACAAUUUGACCAUAAUU